AUGGGUUGCAACAGUUCAAAGGCUGGUAGUAGAAAGUUUGCCAUCAGAAUGCUACCUGAAAUGAAGGUAGAUUUGAAUAAAGAUCCGUAGAGAGAAGUUAAGGAAUUUCCCUACAUGGAAUUUAGAUUGACUCCUAUUGACUAUUAAAAAAUUAUAGAUUAGAAUGAGAAUUGGAUUGAUACUUACUUUAGACCUGAGAAAUCAUCUAUUCUGGAUCCUAAUGUUCCUACUCCAGCAAGAAUAAAGGAAUGGGAAACUUUCACAUGGAAGAGGCCAAAGGAUGUAUAUGGAAAGGGAAACUUUUGCGUAUUCAAGAAUAUAGGUCCAAGUGAUAUAAAGUAAGGUGCUUGCGGAGACUGUUACUUUUUAUCUUCUAUAGCAUCACUGGCUGAGAACCCUGAUAGGGUAAAGGAAAUAUUUUUAGUUCAAGAUGUCAAUAAAUCUGGAUGCUAUGCACUAAAACUAUACGUGAAUGGUGAACCACACACUAUAGUAGUCGAUGAUUAUUUCCCUUUUAAUGAGAGGAAAAAUGAUUGGGCGUUUUCAAGAUGCUCGGUGGAAAAAGAGAUAUGGGUUUUAUUGCUCGAAAAAGCUUGGGCUAAAAUUCAUGGUAGUUAUUAGAGAAUUGAAGCUGGAACAACUGGAGAAGCAUUGCCUGCUUUAACUGGAGCCCCGUCUGAAUUCUAAUAUCACGCAGAGGUCAAAUCUUAAGAUGAAAUCUGGAAAAAGAUAAGAGACGCAGACCAAAGAAACUAUAUUAUUGCUACAGCUGUAUCAUCAGCUAGACAAGGCAAAUCAAGUGAAGAGAUGAAGAAAAUAGGAUUAGUAGAUGCCCAUGCUUACUCCUUGAUCUCUACUCAUGAGGAAGUUGAUGCGAGUGGUAAACCAGUUAGACUUAUUAAGAUCAGAAAUCCUUGGGGCUUUAAGGAAUGGACAGGCGACUGGAGUGAUAAGUCAGCUAAAUGGACUCCUGAAUUGAAAUAAAAACUUAGCUUUGAAGACAAGGAUGAUGGAGUCUUUUUCAUCUGCUAUGAGGAUUAUAUGAGUUUCUUCUAUAUUACAUCGAUCUGCAAAUAUAUUAAGGAGAAUGAUUUAUCUAUUAUCGCAGAUUAGCACGCAAGAUCUGAGUAUUGCGUGCAGAAGUUCACUGUGCCAAAGAACUAUGAUUCUGCCAUAAUAAUUAAUGUUAACUAAAUACAUGCUAGGUUUAUGGACGAAGGAAUGUUAGGAUAAUAUACUUAUGGUGCUAUUAAGCUUAUUCUGACUAAGAUGGUGACACCUAUUUAGUCUAAUGGACAAAAGGGCUCUGAUGAAUUAAUGUUUAUAGAUGGAUAGUAUAUCUGCUAUCAAUAAGCGAAUAUUAUAUUACCCAAAAUGACUCAGGGAGAUUAUAUUCUGUUCAUAAAGAUUGAAUGGGAGCCUAAGGUGCAUCCAGUUAAGAGAAUUGUUACAAACAUAGAUGCUCCAGAUCCUUUCGAAAUAACAAGAGUGCAUUAAAGCAAGUUCCCAGAAUCAGUGUUUGUAGAAAUGGACGACUUCCUUGCUUAGAGAUUAGAUUUAGGCAUUGACUAUGAAUUGCCUGUUUUUUCGAGCGAUAUUGAAGAGUAUCAUAGAGAAGAGAGACUAAAAAUAGAGAAAAUUUCAUUUAGAACUCCAAAACUAGAAGAAGAUAUUAAUCAGCACUCAAAUCAUCUAUCAUAUAUCCUUAGAAUGAAAUUUAUUCAGACAUAUGAGGAAGAUUAACUUGGAGAAUAAGAUAAAUUUUUUGAUUUUCCUUGCUAUUUUGACUUAGAUUAGAAAAGCAUCAGUUAUAAGUUGAUAUUUUAGACUUAGGAUAUUAAGAACUCAUAAAAUAAAGAGAUUAUUAUUGAUAUAUAAGAAUUAGAUUGUAAAGAUUAAGGCUAUGAUAAUGGUUAAAUUCAAGUUACAAUUGAAAACGUUGAUUGCCCUCCAUUCUUAUUAGAUCUGCUUUUGAAUAAUAAAGAUACAUUUCUAGAUAAGGAAAGUGUGUUGAUAAGUAGACUACAUAUGGAUAGAAAUUCAGUCAGGCACAGAUUCAUUUCUUAGUCAAUUAUUGAUUACAUCUGA